UCUAUAAAUCCAUCAUCUCUGUUUCCCUGCGAUCAAUCCUCGGGGGAGGACAUUUCAUUCCUUCGUCUGCGAGACUGCGACAGCUGAAACCACUAAACUCUCCAAGUGACUACAAUGAUCAGAUUUGUCAUCUCCUUUCUAGUGAGUGACAGAAAAACAUAAUGGUUAAAGCAUAUUCUCAGGAGUAUGUUUACAAGCACCCGUGGGAGCGGGUGACUUCUGCAUCUUGGCGCAAGUUUGCUGACCCUGAGAAUAAGCGUACAUUAUCGCACAUACUUGAAGUUGACACAUUGAACAGAAAGCUUGACUCUCAAUCUGGGAAGCUUUACACCACUCGAGCAAUCACUAUCCAUGCCCCAGGACCAUGGUUCAUUCGCAAAAUCAUCGGCCAGGAUAUCUGCCAUUGCGUUGAAUCAACAGUUGUGGAUGCCCAAUCACGGUCGAUGCAACUCAAUACGCGCAAUAUCAGUCUCCGGAAGUUUGUAGAAGUGGUAGAGAAGAUUCAGUAUGUUCCUCACCCAGAUAAUCCAGAUGGGUGGACUAUCUGUCAGCAAGAGACUAGCAUUCAGAUUAAGCCAUUGUCAGCACUGACAUCAAUGGCAGAAAAGAUAGAGCAACGUUGUGCUGAAAAAUUUGUGCAGAACAGUGCUAAGGGUAGAGAAGUUAUGGAGAGGAUCUGUAAGUAUCUUGAAGCUGAAUCUAGGGGGAUUUCCCUCUAAUUCAGCUGCUUCAAUUCAAUCUUGGUCAUUUAUAGUAGUAGGUCGAAGAUUUGUAAGCUCUUUUGAAGUAUAAAGUAACAGAAGAAUGUGAAAGUGUAACACCAUAGAGGCUCAGCCUUGAAUUUCCGGAUUGGCUGAAUGUGUAUCAACUGAUAUGUAACUUUGGGACAUUUUGUUCU